GACAAGAGGAACCAACUGAAUAUGUUUAACAGACUGUUGAUGCUCGCGUGUCCACCGCGAGCUCUUCACGGCAAAACAGCGGGCACGGACGGAAUGAACGAGAGUUGGAUAGAGAGCUCAACAUCAGGGAGAAGGGUGGCCCCGUCGUCCUGUUCCUUUCCUCUCCUUACUCCACUUGGCCAAGUUUCCACCUCAUCCGCUCCUCUUUUUCCUCCUCUGCACCUUCUUCCCCUUUGUUGUCUUCACUGUUUUUCUGUCUCCCUUCAUUUGCCGUGCCGUUCUUUCCUCUGGUCUGUCCUCUGGAAGCUCAUCAUGGCAUCCAAACUGAGCCCAAACAUCCUGUAUGUGGCGGGGCCUGGCGAGUCGCUGGGGUCGCCCCAAGCAGACUCUGAAAGGACUCAUAUCACUGGAGAAGCCGGAGAAGAGUCGUCAGACAGCGAGGGAGAACAAGAAGAGACUUCACACAAGCUGAUUCGGAAAGUGUCGACCUCGGGACAGAUCAGGGCUAAGAAGAGUGUGAAGGAGGGAAUCUUGUUAAAGCAGACCAGCUCUUUCCAGAGAUGGAAGAGGAGAUACUUCAAACUGAGAGGGAGGACUCUCUACUAUGCCAAAGAUUGCAAGUCCUUGAUUUUUGAUGAAGUGGACCUCUCAGAUGCCAGUGUGGCUGAAACCAGCACCAAGAACAUCAACAACAGCUUCACAGUGAUCACACCAUUUCGCAAGUUAAUGCUUUGUGCUGAGAACAGGAAGGAAAUGGAGGACUGGAUCACUGCUCUCAAAUCUGUCCAAAAGUGGGAGACGUAUGAGGCUAGCCAGUUCAACAUGGAACAUUUCUCUGGGAUGCACAACUGGUACGCCUGCUCACAUGCCAGACCGACCUUCUGCAACGUCUGCAGAGAAGCACUGCCAGGCGUCACCUCCCACGGCCUGUCCUGUGAAGUCUGUAAGUUUAAGGCCCAUAAACGCUGUGCUGUUCGCUCCACCAACAACUGCAAGUGGACCACACUGGCCUCCAUAGGAAAUGACAUCAUUGAAGAUGAGGAAGGGGUAUCCAUGCCGCACCAGUGGCUGGAAGGCAACCUGCCUGUCAGCGCUAAAUGUGUGGUGUGUGACAAGAACUGCGGCAGCGUCCGGCGGCUGCAGGACUGGCGCUGCCUCUGGUGCAAGGCCAUCGUCCACAACAGCUGUAAAGAACAAAUGGGAAAGGUGUGUCCUCUGGGUCAAUGUCGAGUGUCAAUCAUCCCUCCCACUGCACUCAACAGCAUCGACUCAGAUGGCUUCUGGAAGGCCACCUCUGCGUCGUGCUCCAGCCCUCUCUUGGUCCUGGUCAACUCCAAAAGCGGCGACAACCAGGGAGUCAAAUUCCUGCGCAAGUUCAAGCAGCUGUUGAACCCAGCUCAGGUUUUUGACCUGAUGAACGGAGGACCGGAGCUCGGCCUGCGGCUCUUCCAGAAGUUUGUGACAUUUCGGAUUCUGGUGUGUGGGGGAGACGGCAGCGUGGGCUGGGUGCUCUCAGAGCUGGAUAAACUCAGCCUCCAUAAACAGUGUCAGCUCGGUGUGCUGCCGCUGGGCACAGGUAAUGACUUGGCUCGUGUUUUGGGCUGGGGAGGUCUCUGCGAUGACGACGCUCAGCUACUACAGAUCCUGGAGAAGCUGGAGAGAGCCACCACCAAAAUGCUGGACCGGUGGAGUGUGAUGACAUACGAGGUGCCCACCACCAACAAACACACACCGAUAGUGAAGGAAGAUGACGGCCUCGAUUCUCCUCAGCAGAUCCACAUAACUCAGUAUGCUGACUCCGUGGCCUCUCACCUCGCCAAGAUCCUGGACUCAGACAACCACAGUGACGUCAUCUCCUCUGCUAAGUUUCUGUGUGGGACGGUGAACGAUUUUGUGGUGGAGGUGGGGAAGGCGUACGAGAGAGCCACAGAGAACAAGGAGGAGGCAGAUGCCAUGGCAAAGAAGUGUGCACUGCUAAAUGAGAAACUUGAUUCCCUGGUCAAGGCCUUGAGUGAGGAAGCAGAAGCGCAGGUGGUACCAGCAGGUUCAGUUCCCAGCCAGGAAAGCAGCAGCUCAAGUCCAGGAGAAAGUGGCGGUGAGUCUGGUUCGGAAAGUAAAACAUAUCGGUCCAAGGAGCAGCUGAUGCUCAGAGCCAACAGCCUGAAGAAAGCCCUGAGACAGAUCAUCGAGCAGGCUGAGAAAGUGGUGGACGAGCAGAACCGACACACACAAGUCCAGAGGAUGCCAUCCUUAUCCUCCAUCAAAAGAGAGAACAGUGAGGAGCUGAAGGAUGCUGAGCCACGAGGUUUGAGUCCCACGGCCCCCAUCGUCCUGGAGAAACCAGAGAACCUCAACAAUGUCCUCUUCAGCGAAGACACUGUACAAUGCUCAGAGAAGUGUGUGAUGAACAACUACUUCGGCAUCGGUCUGGACGCCAAAAUCUCCCUCGAGUUCAACAACAAGAGAGACGAGCACCCGAAGAAAUGCAGUAGUCGCACAAAGAACAUGAUGUGGUAUGGAGUCCUGGGGACCAAAGAACUGCUCCAGAAGACUUACAAGAACCUGGAGCAGCGAGUUCAGCUGGAGUGUGAUGGGGUUCACAUUUCUCUGCCCAGUCUACAGGGUCUGGCUGUUCUCAACAUCCCCAGCUACGCAGGUGGAAUCAACUUCUGGGGAGGCACCAAGGAAGAUAAUAACUUUGGCGCUCCGUCAUUUGAUGAUAAGAAGCUGGAGGUGGUGGCAGUGUUUGGCAGCAUGCAGAUGGCCGUUUCCAGAGUCAUCAACCUGCAGCACCAUCGCAUUGCACAGUGCCGCCAGGUGAAGAUCACCAUCCUGGGGGAGGAGGGUGUUCCUGUGCAGGUGGAUGGAGAGGCAUGGAUCCAGCCUCCAGGCAUCGUCAAGAUCGUCCACAAGAACCGAGCUCAAAUGCUCACCAGGGACAGGGCAUUUGAGAGCACGCUGAAGUCGUGGGAGGAUAAAAGGAAGAUUGACAGCUACCGUGCUGCCAGGCCCCGCCUGAACUCCCAGCAGUCCAUGGAGUACCUGACGGAGGAGGAGUGUGCUCAGGUUCAGCAGCUGGGAAUCGUGGCUGACACACUCAUCAACAAAAUCCGCGAGGCAGCCAAGACCCACAAGCUGGUGGAGCAGGAGUUGGCUCACGCUGUCAACGCCACGGCCCUGGUGCUCACGGAGGCCAAAUUGUCCAACCCCGAGUGUCUGAGUCGCAGCACAGCAGUGGAAAUCGUCAACAGUAGUAAAGUCCUGCAGGCUGAGACCAGGAUGCUGCUGGAUGGAAAACUGCUGUCGGAGUCUCCAGAGGAAGAGGAGCUUCGCUCAACUCUGAACAGCCUCAGCGCUGAGCUCCACAAGCUGGACGACAUCCACUGGAUCUGUCCACACAUGCAGUGCUCAGAGGAGGACUCUGUGAGGAGCAGUAGUAAGAGCACCAGCAGUAUGAAGCUGAAGAUCAUACCCAAGGCAAAGAAGGAGAAAGAGAAGCUCCACAAGCAGAAGUCCAAUAGUUCUCUCUCAGGAACCUGGGAUAUCAAAGGUGGGGCUGCUGAGGCAGACUCCUCAGUCAACUGAAGUCCUGCGUGAUGUGCUUUUUUUUUAUUAUCCUGACAACCAGAGCUGGGGGGCACCUCCCUCCCAUUUUCUUCCCCUCUAACCACGGUGCUGUGGUUUUACAGAGGCGUUAAAAAGCGAAGUGAAACUUUUUUUCCUCUGUUAAAUUUCAUCAGCCCUUCUUUGCUGACAAGCAGGAGGAUUUCUUAUUUUUUCUGGUUUUAUUGAAUUUUUUCAGAAGAGAACCAGCUUUGUGCUGCAUUUGUUCACCACUGCCGUUGUGCUUUUGGUUUUGAGUGCAGCCAGCCGGAAAUCAAACAGGCAAACAUGAAGGUGUGGAACAACAGCAUGACAAGGAAAUGUGUUUAUGUGGUGCUCUCCUUGCAUGCUGUGUGCAACCAUCCUAUUUCACACAUAUUAUUAUAUGUUUUACAGUCUUUGAUUUUUUUUUUUAUUUUCUUAUUUUAAUGUUUUUGUUGCUUUAACUUCUGAAUAGCCUUUAGACUGCAUAUUUAUUUUGUGUUGCUACUGCCAUGAAAACUCCACUGGCAACAAAUCAACAAAAUGAACAAACUGAGACGUCUCAGCGUUAUCAUCUACUGAACUGGAGAAUAUUUUAAAUGUCGCAAAAAAUAUACUGAGGAAUGUACUUGUGUGUGCUUGUAUUACCUGUGAAUAAUGAUAAUAUUCAUUAUGAUUUCACAAAGGUUCUAUUAUUGUGGUUCUAAAGUGGUUCUUAAUAGGCUGUUAUGUGACUUGUGUGGUUCGAGUCUAUGCAGCCGUGUUGCAGAAAUAAUGACCUUUAACAUGAGUCAUUUCAUCUUGAAUUCAGCCUUGUGAAAUGAUCCGCCGGCGGGAUUUAGAAGUACAUUACCCAGCUCUAAAAUGGGAUUUAUGUAGGAAAAGAAAAAAAGCAACCUCUACCCGCUGUGCACUUUAUUUUUCACAACCAUUUUGAGGAGCAGUAUCAGAUGAAAUGACUCAACUCUGAUAGUUUUUGGCAGUUUUUGGUGUUUACAGACGGAGGAAGCAACAAGGACACAUUAAGAAAACAUUACAGCCUCUCAGUUUAUUACGCUUACUUUGAUAUACCUACAUGAUUGUAUCUUUAAUAUAAGAAAUCAGUGAUUUGUUUUUGCCUUGUUUCUGGUUAAAAGCUAUUAUUACAAAAGU